AUGAAUGAAUGGCAAUAUAAGGUGAUUUGUGGAUGAUGAAGCUUGAAAGUGGGACAGACAAUAUCUUGAUAUUUCUUCCUGUUUUGCCACGUAUUUAAUUCCAUCUUGGCGCCAUCCACACAUACACAUAACAGAAAAAUAGAACUCACUCUUUCUUUCUCUCUGUAACAACAAUGGCUCUCACUCUCAGAGUUGUGAAUGUAAAUAAUAAUAUAGGGUUUCACUCAUCAUUUUCCCGUUCAACUUUUGUUUCUCCCAAUCCCUCAAAAUCUAGUAGUAGAGAAUAUAACAGCUUCGUGUUUCAGUGUUCUCAAGUUGAGCAACUAUCAGUUACUGAAUCUGAAAACUCACUCAUCGAAGCACUUAUCGGCAUCCAAGGACGAGGACGUUCUACUUCUCCUCAGCAACUCAACUCUAUUGAGCGUGCUAUUCAAGUCCUCGAAAGUUUAGGAGGGGGUGUUCCUGAUCCGACAAACUCAAGUUUAAUCGAGGGUCGCUGGCAGCUCAUUUUCACUACAAGACCUGGAACAGCAUCGCCCAUUCAGAGAACAUUUGUUGGGGUUGAUUUUUUUAGUGUAUUUCAAGAGGUUUAUCUUCGAACGAAUGAUCCACGUGUAAGCAAUAUUGUGUCAUUUUCUGAUGCCAUUGGUGAGCUCAAAGUGGAGGCAGCAGCAUCCAUUGGAGAUGGAAAAAGAAUCCUUUUUAGGUUUGACAGAGCUGCCUUUUCAUUUAAAUUUCUUCCAUUUAAAGUUCCAUAUCCAGUUCCAUUUAAGCUACUUGGAGAUGAAGCAAAGGGUUGGUUAGACACCACAUACUUAUCGCAUUCAGGAAACCUUCGCAUUUCAAGAGGAAAUAAGGGAACCACAUUUGUGCUGCAGAAGCAAACUGAACCAAAGCAGAAGUUAUUAACAGCAAUUUCAUCGGGGGUGGGUGUUAGAGAGGAAAUAGAUAAACUCAUUUCCUUAAAUAAGAAUUCUGGGGAAGAACCUGAACUAGAAGAGGGCGAGUGGCAGAUGAUAUGGAAUUCACAGACUGUGACGGAUAGUUGGUUAGAGAAUGCUGCCAAUGGUCUGAUGGGAAAGCAGAUUGUUGGGAAGAAUGGAGGAAUAAAGUAUGUGGUUGAUAUCUUGCUUGGGCUGAAGUUCUCCAUGACUGGAACAUUUGUAAAAAGUGCCCCUAAAGUGUACGAGGUUACAAUGGACGAUGCAGCCAUAAUUGGUGGCCCAUUUGGAUAUCCCCUAGAAUUUGGCAAGAAGUUCAUCUUGGAGAUUCUAUUCAGUGACAAUAAGGUCAGAAUUAGCCGGGGAGACAAUGGAAUUAUUUUCGUACAUAGUCGCACAAAUGCAUUGCGGUGAUUUAUUUUGUUUUGUUUUGUGGGUGAAGAUUUGAUAUCAAUUGUGUAUUUAACCAUCAUUCCUGUCAACUAAAGACCAUUGCUAGCUAAAUGAGAACUAUAAAUACAACAUGGAAGUUCUAUUUAUCAGCUUCCAUUUUUAGCUGUGUUAUUAUGAAUGAAAGAAAGGCCAUGCUAUUA